AUGAGCUAUAGCCCUAAUAGGCAGAAUCGGAACGGGUCUAGCACUCAGCCAUCGAUGCCCAAGAGAUCUCCAUCGAUUUUAGUGACAGAUUCCAGGUCUUCUAAGAAUAGGAUGAGUGCACCAUUUGCAGGUCAUGCUGCAUUUGGAACCAAUUCUAGCGUAGACCCACGUACCGGGAGACCCCCACAAGGUGCUUUCAAUGACGGUAAUAGUACGAAGAUGUAUCGCCCAAAGGUUAUAAAUAAUACCAGAAUAAGAAGACAACCGGGCAAAUUCAGUGACAUUUCUUUGGAUAAUAUCUUAGCUGACAAUUCCGAAGUACCAUCAGGUCGUAGGGAAGAAAGACGCUCCAACUCAUCGUGGGACAGGUUUCCAAUCGGUAAUGAAAGAUUACAUGCUUCUUCAUUAAAGAAAAAAAUGAUGAAUCCCCUACCCACUAGGACUUCCAAGAUUUCACAAAAAUUGGUUCUUAUACCUGAGGAAGAAUUACAAAAGGGUCGAAAGGCCAAUUUCCUUAAAGAACAGAGUCACACUAAAAGACCAUCCCUGGGUAACAUAGAAUAUAAUUUCAAGAAAACUGUCAACAAUUUACCAAGGUUAACUGCAUAUAAUAUCGCUGAAGGUUUCAAUCUGAAAGUUCUAUCAAACUUUCUUGAAGAAACCCACGAUGUUUCACCCCGUUUAUAUGAUGAUUGCCUGUAUGUACCAUAUAUUCUACCUCUGCUGCCUGGUAGAGAUGGUUUUAGGGUUAAAUCGAAUAUUUCCAAGAGAAUUGUAGGAGGCAAAACGUUAAUAGAUCGACUGAUUGACACUAGUGAACAAAGAGACCAUCAUUAUGAAUUCUUUUCAGGUGUAGAAGAUGAAGUUAAUAGUGGUCCGGACACUAGAAACAAUCCGCAUGAUAAACUGAACGUCAAUCAAGUUAACACAGAAGAGCUUGGUCCGACCGAUAUGCUCUCAAUAAAUGCAGUAAACCAGGAUGUAUUUGAUCCCAGUGAACCGCAAUUUUUUGCAGAAGAUUCAGCAACUCAAACAAUGGAUACGUCUAACGUUGAAAAUUCCAGUCUGACCAGUUCAAGACAAGCUAAUUUGGAAGAAGAGGAUCAGCAUGCAGAAAUUUUCAUUUUCCAUUACGGUGUUAUUGUCUUUUGGAAUUUCACAGAAAUGCAAGAGAAAAACGUAUUAGCAGAUAUCUCAUUUUUUGAAGAUACCAAGAGGUUGGUAUUAAAACCGCUCGAUGAACAAGAUAUUGAGACAGAAGAAUUCCAUUUCGAAUAUAAUAAGGAUAAUAAUGAAAGGCCCAGGAUAUUCAACGAUAUUAUAACGUUGAGGUCACACGACCAUAUGAUAAAGUUAACACUUUCGUAUGCAAUCGCUCAAUCAUCUAAAUUAUCAAGAUUCGAAUCCAGAAUUUCACCAUUAUUCACAGCGGUAAUCAAAUUACCGAAGCGAUUAGCUCUAUUCGGUACACUGGGUAUGAAGAGAGAGCAAUUAUUGAAGAAAUCUGGGAAGUUAUUUAAGCUUCGUGUUGAUGUCAAUUUAUCUUCAAAUAUCCUGGAUACACCAGGCUUCUUCUGGUCUAUUGAACCAAGUUUGCAUCCUUUAUAUGUGGCAAUGAGAGAGUAUCUUGAAAUCGAUAAGAGAGUACAAGUUGUAAAUGACCGAUGCAAAGUCUUCUUAGAGUUUUUCGAUAUUUGUGUUGAUUCAGUAGCAGAAAAAAAUAUUGCUAGAGUGACUCUAUGGUUUUUAGUCGUAAUCAUUGUGGGAGUUUUAUUUUCAUUUACUGAAAUUGUUGUUAGGUACAAUAUCAUCCAUAAUCUUUGA